AUGAGCAUUGGUUUGAGAAACAUCGUAGUUGGAGCAGCGAGGACUGGUAAAUCCUCUCUAGUUGGCCGAUUUCUGGAUGCUGAUUUCGAAGAUCGCUAUAUACCAACAAUCGAAAAUUUCUACAGAAAAUUAUACAAAAUCAAGAGUGAAGUCUAUCAACUCGACAUAAUUGACUGCUCAGGAAAUGAUCCAUUUCCAGCAGCUAGAAAGCUUAGCUAUAUAUCAGGUGACAUGUUUUUAUUGGUUUCUUCCGUCGACAACGCUGACUCCGUAGCGGCCAUGCUUGAUGUAACUGAGAAAGAAGUUGCUGAACAAGUUGAACAGGCAACGGGCUCGCAUGAAGCAUUUGUAACAUGUUCAGCGGCCAAUAACCUUAAUAUCGAUAAGGCUUUUGCAAAAUUGUUCACGUUGAACAAAUGUCCGAAGCAUAUGAAUCCAGAACUUCAUAAAAUGCUACGAAAUGAGUUGUCAGCUGAUGGCGAAACAGGCCGAAGGCAUAUUUUGAGGCGCAUGAGAAGUCGUUUCUCGAGGGAACACGAUGAUUGUCUUACAACGUGAGA